AUGGCCUCAUUAUUAGGGGCCGGAUACGAUUCCAGCGACGAUGACGCCACAGCGCCGCAGGUUCAGACCGCGACGACACCAGCGACCAAGAUUGUCGCGGCGCCCGAAGUGAACACAGAGGACCCAAUCCACAUGCAGAUGAUGCUGGCUAAUACCUCGUCCAACGCCCUCACCUACAACGCAACAUACGACGAUCUUUCGCGGCCAUCCCAAGGACCCGUGAACCCGUUCAAAUCGACCGGAUCGGCCGCCGGCCUGAAACGAAAGAACGUCCCCACCGGAUACGCCGAAGAGGCCGCCAUCAGUGAAGCGACGUUCGCCGCGCAGCACCGCACGUUCCAGAGCCUGGGGUACACGCGCAAUCCCUCGGCCCCGGGCCAGUUCGUGGGCGAUCUGGGGAGUGCGGCGCAGCACGGCGGCCGGGAUGUGAUCCAGAUGAAGCCGUCCAAGGAGGUGUCGGCGGCCCUGCGCGCCAAGCGGCAGAAGAAGGGCGAUCCCAGCAUCGUGGAGGGUGACGGGGCGUAUCUGGGCCCCUGGGCCAAGUACCGGGAUGACGGCCAUGUCUAUGAGGAGGAGGCGGCGCUGGCGGAUCAGGAGCUGGGCACCGAUGAGGAAUACGUGGAGGAAGAGGAGGAGGAGAUUGCGCCUGCGCACAUGCCGGCGAUGAGCAAGGCGGCGACGGACUACCAGGACGACGCGUCGAAGGUGGAAACGACCGAGUUCCACGGGUCCGAGCAGUUCGACUACCUGGGCCGGACGUACAUGCAUGUGCCGCAGGAUCUGGACGUGGACCUGCACAAGGAGAUCGGCAGCGUCAAGAACUACGUGCCGAAGAAGCUCAUCCACACGUGGAAGUCGCACACGAAGCCGAUCACGUCGCUGCGCUUCUUCCCGCAGUCGGGCCAUCUGCUGCUCAGCUCGGCGGCGGACGGCAAGGCCAAGAUCUGGGACGUGUAUCACUCGCGCGAGCUGCUGCGCACCUUCUCGGGCCACUCGAAAGCCAUCACGGACACGGACUUCCACCCGUCGGGCAAGACCUUCCUCACGGCCUCCUUCGACCGCCAGAUGAAGCUCUGGGACACCGAGUACGGCAAGUGCAUCGGGCGCUUCUCGACGGGCAAGACGCCGCACGUGAUCCGCUUCAACCCAGGCGCGGACCACUCGCACGAGUUCCUGGCCGGCAUGUCGGACAAGAAGAUCGUGCAGUUCGACACGCGCUCCGGCGAGCUGGUCCAGGAAUACGACCACCACCUCGCCGCCAUCAACACCAUCACCUUCGUCGACGACAACCGCCGCUUCAUCUCCACCUCCGACGACAAGUCGCUGCGCGCCUGGGAGUACGGCAUCCCCGUGCCCAUCAAGUUCAUCGCCGAGCCGUACAUGUUCGCCCUCACCCGCGCCGCGCCCCACCCCAACGGCAAAUACGUCGCCUUCCAGUCCGGCGACAACCAGAUCGUCGUCUACGGCGCCACCGACAAGUUCCGCCAGAACCGCAAGAAGAGCUUCCGCGGCCACAACAACGCCGGCUACGCCGUCGACCUCAAGAUCUCGCCCGACGGCCAGUUCAUCGCCUCCGGCGACAGCGGCGGCUAUGUCUGCUUCUGGGACUGGAAGACCGGCAAGAUGUACCACAAGAUCAUGGCCGGCGGCAAGGAGGGCGGCGCCACCACGUGUCUCGACUGGCAUCCGCAGGAGACGAGCAAGGUGGUUACCGGUGGGUUGGAGGGUGUCAUCAAGUACUGGGAUUAG